CUUGCCGGGGACGCACUUGAGGGCAUACGUGUGAGCGAGGAACGCGUGUUUGAGAACGAGUGCUGCGUGGAGGAUUCAUCAGUGGUUGAUGCAUUGAAGAUCAAGAACACUACUAUGGCUCCAGGGAGAUUUAAAUUUGCAGAAGGGGAAAGAGUCUUAUGCUUCCAUGGACCACUGAUAUAUGAGGCAAAGUGUGUCAAGACAAGAGUCAAGGACCAGAAAAAUCAGUAUUUGGUGCAUUAUGCAGGUUGGAACAAGAAUUGGGACGAGUUUGUGCCAGAAAACAGAAUUCUGAAGUACAGUGAGCCGAAUCUUCAGAAGCAGAAGGAGCUGAAGGAGGCUCAUUAUGCGAACGUGCAGGCCAAGAAGCAGAUCAAGUCUGACGUCAAACGGCGCCGUGCCGAGGCGGCCGCCGCCGCCGCCGCGGCCGCCCCGGAACGGGCCGAGCCCGGCGGCGCCGGACGGAAGCGCGAGCCGUCCGUGAGUAGCGUGCAGAGCAGCGAGGACGGCCGGCGCCGGCGCCGGCUCGACACACCCGAGCAGGCGCCCAAAACUGUGGAGGACAAGAAAUUGGUGGACUCGUCGUCUGAAACGGCGUCCGAUACGGAGGGUCGCAAGCGCGGGAAGCAGGAGCAGACCGUGGAGACGGAGGAGCAGUUUCUCACCAAAGUGGAGAUCAAAAUCAAGCUCCCCGACGAGCUAAAGCCGUGGCUGGUUGACGACUGGGAUUUCAUCAUUCGCCAGAAAAAGCUGUACCAGCUCCCAGCGCGCAUCACUGUCAACCAGUGCAUCGACGAGUACGUCAAACUGAAGAACGCCAGCAAGUCGAGCACGCCCAACAAGGAGAGCGCCGUGAUCGAGGUGACGGAAGGCCUGAAGGAGUACUUCAACGUCAUGCUGGGCACCCAGCUGUUGUACAAGUUUGAGCGGGUGCAGUACGCUGACAUCCUGCAGAGCCGUAAAGACGUGCCGCUCUCCGACAUCUACGGACCGAUCCACAUCCUGCGGCUGCUCGUGAAGAUGGGCCCCAUGCUGACGUACACUGAACUGGACGAGAAGAGUAUUGCCCUGCUGCAGCUGCACAUUCAGGACCUGCUGAGGUACAUGGUGAAAAACUCGGAGCGUCUGUUCAGCACGGCCGACUAUUACGUGGCGCCGCCCGAGUACCACCGCCGCGGCAUGUGAGACGGCCACGCCGGUGCUGCCGGUGUCGGGCCGACGGCGGCUCUCCAGCCGCGCACGCCGGCGCCGCACCGGCCGGCGCGCCUGGCGGACAGCGCGAACCCGAUCUUUGACGCGCCCGCACCGAGCAGUUCGUGCCCCGCCACCUCUCCGGGCUGCCGUGUCGAGCUGCACGCUGGGACAGCGGCUGGUGGCGGUGGUGCACCGUGCUCUGUGACGUCGCGUUCCGGCUGGCUCUGGUCCGCGCCUGAAAGAAGACACUAGCGCUCCGCCGAUGGCAAGGCACUGCAGGGAAGCUUGGAGCACGAAGCCGAGUAAGGAGUGGUCGGCCUCUGGGAACGGCAGCGAGUGGGAGAACCUGCGCUGCGUGCAGUCCAGUGAUUUCUCGCAGCCCACUUAUCAUCUCAUCGGUUGAGCCGUGUUGCCAUGCAUCAGCCCCAUCCUCACGUGUUUCAUCGUCGCUGUUAUGUUUCCUGGCCGCCGGCUCCAGUGGUCGCUUGUGUGAGCGCCUGCGCCCGUGGUGCUCGCCAUGUGGUGACCCAGUGCCGUCUGAGUCGGCUGCGCUCCACCCCGUCGGGGCUAACCGGGGCGUCGCGCUUUAGAGUUCGCCCAGUCCAGAUCUCGCCGCGGUGAAAUGAAAAUGAGACGGCGCGUGCUGCAGCACUGCCGACUGUAAGGCCAAUUUUGCAUGCAGUGUGGUAACCAGUCCCAAGAGCGAGCCGAUCAUAUCCCAGGAAGUCGCGAGGAACCUUUUGAUGGAAGCAGACGCCUCCAGCUCGGACCGGGAGCUGGCGGCCGCUCGCGUACAGGGUGUGGGGGCUGCCAGCGGUGACCGUGUCCGCGCUAGCCCGGACAGCUCGGGGCAUCGGCCCUGGCCCAGCGGGCGUCAUCAUGUUUGUCACCUGUCGCAUGUUAGGUCAAACUCCUACCCAUUGGAACGUUACGGUGUUUCACCCAUGCAAAUAUUGGUCGUGAAAUGUAUGACUAAACUGUGUUCGCACCCCACCCAGAGUUCUAAACUUUACCGGCGUGUUGGGAGAGGAAUAGUGCACCACAAACAAACGAUGCGUUAAAAUCAACAGGUCGUCCACCGGUUUGGAAACAGAUGCAAGUAGUGCACAAAAAUGAGCGGAACGUGUGUUAAGGAGGGGCGGAUGCGCGCGUGUGUAUGUCUGCGGAUAGGUGAAAGGGAAGGGGCGUUUUCGCUGCCCCCUGUUGUGGGGUAGUUUGUAUGCUCUGUCACUCCUAAUCACUGUUUUUGAGCGUGGACAAUAAAAUCAAAUAAAGUGUGAAUAAAUGAGUAGAUGUUGACA